AGCCUCACCUCCAUUGGCCACCGCGCCUUCGAGUGCUGCUGCACCCUCGCCAACGUCGCCCUCCCCGCCGGCCUCGUCUCGAUCCGCAGUUACGCCUUCCACUGCUGCUCCUCCCUCUCCUCCGUCACCUUCCCUGCCGGCCUCACCUCCAUCGGUAUCGGCGCCUUCUGGGGCUGCUCCUCCCUCGGCUUCGUCACCCUCCCCGCCAGCCUCACCUCCAUCGGCAGCGGCGCCUUCGACCGCUGCUCCGCCCUGUCCCGCGUCACUUUCCCCGCUGGCCUCACCUCCAUCGGCAUGAACGCCUUCGCCGGCUGCCCCUCCCUGACCCGCGUCACCGUGCCAGACACUGCCACCAUCUCCACCGCCUUCCCUCCCGCCACCACUGUCCUCCGCCUCCCUCCCAAGAGGAUGCGCGACCUGCAGCGCUGGUACGAGGCGGUGGACGGGGCUCUGGCCUACAAGCGCUGCCGCCCCCUCCUCUACGGCUGGCUAGAGCGGGCCCAGACCGGGCUCGGCUCUUACGGCCCGGACGGCGCGGCGCGCCAGCGCGACCUCGAGGAGUUCGAGGGCGAUUUUGGGCUGCUUGUAGAGUGA